AGGUGUUAGUGAAAUCCAACUCCAUGACGUGAACGCCACUGUAGAUGAAGGUUUAUCAGAAGUUGCUUUGGCAGCCCGUUCUGGUUUCGACGUUCCUGAGUGCAGGAGGAUUCUGCAGAAGGUUCGUUCCCUACUUGCAGCGCAGCAGAACCAAGUUCUCAACGAAGGCCUGUCUGUGACACAGAGAUUCCAUCUACCUGUUGUGAACGACUCCCUCACCAAAUUGGAGGAUGGAAAUGCAACAGAGGAGUCUCUGGAUCUCAUCGUGGCGGCUCUUGGGAACCUCACGCUGAAGAGUGCAUUGCAGACUGGCAGCGUGUGGACGGCUUCAGAUCAAAGUCAAUUCUUCUACUCGUGCUUUCCUGGCCUCACGCCUGUCAAAGAACUGGAGGAGCACAACUUCUUUGGGGACAUCGAGACCCGGCCCUACGAGGACCCAACUGUUUCACUUUCCAAUGACUCCCGCGAAGAGCUGCACGAAGUCCGUUACUGCUUCAGACUGGGGACUGGUACCAGUGCGAAGAUAGCUUUUGUGGCUGCAACAAGGCACAUAGAAGAGCAGGUUCCGUGCCUUCGCUUCACAUCAGUAAAGCCAAAGCAGACCCUGGACGGAUGCACAGUUCCAGCUAUCGAGGUCCGAGAUGAAAAUACCGGAUGCUGGUCGGCGUAUAAGAAGGAUUCGGGCAACAAGAGCGCCAGUACCAUUACGCUCCUCAACCUCGGACGAGGCUGUGAGAUGAAGGGCAUGGUGAUUCACCAGCUCUUUAAGGUCCUUGGUAUCCGGAAAGAAUCCAGCCGAAUCGAUCGCGAUAAGUACGUGAAGAUAAAUACGGAACAUCUUCGACAGCCAUGGAUGAAGAAGUUCUUUGCAAAAAGGGAAGCACCUCCCCCUUUGGAAGCCUACGAGAAGGAUCCGUUUGACUUCUUGAGCAUCAACAUGUAUCCUGCCCAGGCCUUCACCAACGGCACUGGCAACUCCAUGGAGCCUCUCCACGACCCUUUUCUAGCCGGAUUCCUGGGUCAACGACUUGGCUUAUCCGAGCUGGAUGUGGAAGCCUUGGGGGAUUUGUAUGGGUGUCCUCAAAGGAUUGCCCCAAGCAGCCGCACACGGGUCCUGGCAGAACUUUUCUUGGAUGGACGUGGGAUGCACUAUGAUGGAACCUGCAUUGACGACCCUGAAGCAGCAACCAACUUGACGCUUCUCCUGCAUGAGGAGUAUCACAGUUGUGCCGGGAUCUCAAGCCAUUGUGCAGAUCCACGAGUUGCAAAGACGUGCUCCUUCUCUUGCCUACACUGCGUCCCUGCAGAUGCAGAAGUUGUGGCGCAGCGGAACCUCCUGGUCGAAAAGGAGGGAAUGAGAUAUUGCGACGAUGCAAACUGUCGGACAAUUAGCGAGGAGGGCAGAGCUUGCAAAGUUUCGAAUCCUCAAGCCCGGAGGGUUCCUUGCAACGCGUCUCAGCAGAUCUUCGACGGGGAUGCGGCGAAUGCGUCAACGGAUUGUGCUGAUGUGCAGAACACAGGCAUCAAGUACAAGGAUGGUCCCGAGGCUACCUGCGAGGACUUGAGAAGUUCUUGCAGCAGCAAGGAGAUGGGGGCCAAGGUCCGGAGUGCAUGCCCAGCUACCUGCAUGGUGGAGGGGUUUCCAUGUGCCCCAAAGUCGAACUCUUCACUCUUGGGAGCGAACGUUUCUUCUGAAGGAUGCAGAGACAAAGAGAAGCACGAACCGCCCAUCCUGACACUGUUCGGAAAAGCUCAAGACUGCUCUAGUGCCAGGCAAUACUGCUUCCAUCAUGCAAAUUCUUCACAGGUGCAACAGAAAUGCCCAUUCAGCUGUGGGGCAUGUGUGCCUAAAACUGGCUUUCGGCCUGAAGAGGAAGCAGCAAGCUUCGAGGCAGCACAUGAAAGUCCGCCACGUACAGAUGGCAAAGCAAACAGGACGAAAACCAAAUGAUGGAGGAUGAAUUAGUGGUAGUGCGGACUCGGCCAGCAUCGGGCAUCGGAAGAUAGGUGUCACGUGGUGUCACUGCCUGAGCCUUGGAAAAGAACAGUCCGGCUG